GUCCAGGGAAGACGGGGUGGCCUGAUCCAGAGACAAUGAUGAUGAAAUGUUGAGGAAGAAACUGGGGGAGAGAAGCAACCGGCACCAUGGAAAAAACCAAAACAAAGCCAGGAGAGAAUGAACAUAUGCCAAUGAAUAAUCCUGCCACACAAAUUUACCAGUUGCAGGCUCUGGCCUCUGAACUGAAAACUGGUUUCACGGAAGCAAUGCAGGAACUGACAAGAAUUCAACAUGGAGAAUAUGCUUUGGAAGAAAAGGUUAAGAGCUGCAAGUGCUCCAUGGAAGAAAAAGUUACUGAGAUGAAGAAUUCAUUAAACUAUUUCAAGGAAGAACUGAGCAAUGCAAUGUCAAUGAUUCAGGCCAUCACUUCAAAACAAGAAGAAAUGCAGCAGAAAAUUGAACAGCUUCAACAGGAGAAGCGAAGAGAAUCUCGAAAAGUUAAAGCCAAGAAAACUCAAAAAGAAGAACAUGUGUCACCGGCUGGGCCUGUGCAAACGCAAGGCAGUCCUUUCCGCUCAAUCAAUAUCCCUGAGCCUGUUCUUCCAAGUGAAGACUUCACAAACCUUUUGCCCUCUCAGGCCUAUGAAAAAGCUCAAGAGUCCAGAUCUGUUCAUGUAGGAGAUACUAAUGUGAAGGGAAUGAUGGGCUCUGGAAUGAACCCUACAGCUCCAGAAGCAGAAGAAAACCUCAAGUCUUGCCUUUCAGCUGAUAUCCAGUCCAAGGGCCAUCUCUCAUCUGGUGUGUGGAGGCAGCCUAAGGAUAGUAAAGAAUGGGCCGAGGAAUAUGUUACGAAAGACCACCCAGAUAAACUAAAGGAAACUGGCCAGGGCAGACACAGCUCCUUGGAAAAUGUUUUAUGUGAAACAUCUUUAGCUGCUAAGAGACAGACUGUAGCUCUAGAACUGCUUGAAUCGGAAAGAAAAUAUGUGAUUAAUAUCUCUCUGAUCUUGAAGAUAAAAGCAACAUUCCAGGGGUCAGAUGGAAAGAGGAAUUCCAAAGAGAGAAGCCUCUUCCCUGGCUCUUUACGGUAUCUUGUCCAGCAGCACCUGGAUUUGCUUCAUGCACUGCAGGAAAGGGUCCUGAAGUGGCCACGCCAAGGCGUCCUUGGAGAUUUAUUCCUUAAAUUGACAAAUGAUGAGAAUAAUUUCUUGGAUUACUAUGUUGCUUACCUGAGGGACCUGCCUGAAUGCAUCUCAUUGGUUCAUGUUGUUGUUCUGAAGGAGGGUGAUGAAGAGAUUAAAUCUGACAUCUACACCCUCUUUUUUCACAUAGUCCAACGCAUCCCAGAAUACCUGAUACAUCUGCAGAAUGUCUUGAAGUUCACGGAGCAGGAACACCCUGACUAUUACCUACUUCUGGUGUGUGUUCAACGCCUCAGAGUAUUUAUCUCACACUAUACUCUGCUGUUUCAAUGCAAUGAGGAUUUGCUUAUUCAGAAACGGAAAAAACUCAAGAAGUCAUCCAUGGCAAAGCUCUACAAAGGACUGGCUUCCCAGUGUGCAAAUGUCGGGCAAGAUGCUUCCCCCACUACAGGUCCUGAGGCUGUCCGUGACAGUGGGAUGCACUCAGAAGAAAUACUGCAACCCUACCCUUCUGCUCCCAGUUCUGGCCCUGCUGUCACACAUUUGCUGCCCCCAGUGAAGAAAAGCCAAGCACAGCAAAGUCUGAUGGAGAGCAUGCAGCCCGGAAAGCCCAGUGACUGGGAGAUGGAGGGCAGAAAGCACGAGAGGCCAGAGAGCCUCCUGGCGCCGGCGCAAUUCUGCGCAGCUGAGCAGGACGUGAAGGCGCUCGCCGGGCCCCUUCAGGCCAUCCCCGAGAUGGACUACGAGCCCGCCCCGGCCGAACCGCUGGGCAACGUGGAGCGCUCCCUGCGUGGCCCGGCUGAGCUGCUGACGGACGCCCGCGGCUUCGUACCCGCGGGCUACGAGGAGUUCGAGUACGGCGGCGAGAUCUUCGCGCUGCCCGCGCCCUACGACGAAGAGCCCUUCCAGGCCCCGGCUCUCUUCGAGAACUGUUCGCCCGCCUCGUCCGAGUCCAGCCUGGAUAUCUGCUUCCUACGACCUGUCAGCUUCGCCAUGGAGGCCGAACGGCCCGAGCACCCUCUGCAACCGCUUCCCAAGAGCGCCACAUCACCGGCAAGCAGCAGCGGCGCGUACAAGCUGGAGGCGGCGGCGCAGGCGCACAGCAAGGCCAAACCGUUGAGUCGCUCGCUCAAGGAGUUCCCGCGCGCGCCGCCCGCGGAGGCCGUGGCCCCGCGCCUCUACAGCACGCGCAGUAGCAGCGGCGGCCGCGCGCCGAUCAAAGCUGAGCGCGCCGCGGCCCCCCACGGCCCAGUGGCCGUUGCCGCGGCCGCCCGCGGCGCGCCCAGAACAUUCUUCCCCCAACAGAGGUCCCAAAGCGAAAAACAGACCUAUUUGGAAGUAAGGAGGGAGAUGCAUUUAGAAGACACCACCAGAUUCUGUCCAAAGGAAGAGAGAGAAAGUGAACAAACAUCUUUCAGCGAUCAAAACCCCAGGCAAGACCAGAAAGGGGGCUUUCGCAGCUCCUUCCGCAAGCUCUUUAAAAAGAAGUCCAGUGGAUCAGAAUACAGGGAAAAAACUAAUGAGAGUCCCUCAAUGGAUCCUUCACCCACCAAACAAGAUUUCUUCAGAAACCGACUUGCUCUUGCAAAUGACCUUGACCAAGGAACAGCUGUGUAAAACAUACUUAAAGUUGUAUUGUCAAGUGGUAAGAUGAGGAUAAAAAGCUUGUAUAUAUCUGUGCAGGAAUAUAUAUAUAUAUAUAUAUAUAUCUAUUGAUGUAUAAAUCACUGAGGAGAACUAAUUAAAUACUUACAUAUGAAAUGAAAUCAAUAUACAAGACAUUGAAGAGAUGAAGAUUAGUCUAUGGUUAAGAGCUGGUUUUUUGAACCUCAACACUUGGGAAAAGGGAAAUGAAGACUUUUCACAGCAUUACAGAAAACCUCAAUAAAUUUGGAGGAAAAUAAAUGUUUUUAAGAACAACUUCCACCUUGAAGUCAUUCCCCUAGUAUAAUUUUGAGCAUGUUCAUAUUUAACAUGGAUGUGAAUUUUAUGCUUUCUAAGCAUUUAGCUUAUUAAUUCAUCCCAGUGUUUGUAGCCUAACAUAGUGAACUAUAUUAGGGGUCACUGCUGUCCUGCCAUCUGUCUUCCAAGAACCCCAAAGCAAUACCUAGCAUAUCUUAAGGAGAAAGAUCAAUUAACAGAACUGUAUUUUACGUGUUGCAAAUCUAAAUUGUGGAGAAUUUUUGUCUUAAACUGUGUGAACAGAAAAUGCAAACCUCUGAACAGAAGGUUCAAAGCUUAAAGAUACAUUGAUCUCCAAAC